CGGUGUGCGGUCAUGGAGCACCGCAUCGUGGGACCCGGGCCGUACCGGGCCACCAAGCUGUGGAAUGAAACUGUGGAGCUUUUUCGUGCUAGGAUGCCAUUACGGAAACAUCGUUGUCGCUUCAAGAGUUACGAACAUUGCUUCACCGCAGCCGAAGCGGUGGAUUGGCUACAUGAGCUUCUGAGGUGCAGCCAGAACUUUGGCCCUGAAGUGACUCGCAAACAAACAGUCCAGCUGCUAAAAAAAUUCCUGAAGAAUCACGUUAUUGAAGAUGUCAAGGGAAAAUGGGGUCAGGAAGAUUUUGAAGAUAACCGUCACUUAUAUAGGUUUCCUCCUUCCUCACCCCUUAAACCAUAUCCAAAGAAGCUCCCAUACCAAAAAGAUGUUAUUAAAUUUCCAGAAUGGAAUGAUCCCCCACCCGGCACUUCACAAGAGAACAUCCCAGUGAGGCCAGUUGUGAUGAAUUCUGAGAUGUGGUACAAGCGGCACAGUAUUGCAAUUGGAGAGGUGCCAGCCUGCCGCCUCAUCCACCGCAGGCAGCUGACAGAGGCCAACGUGGAGGAGAUAUGGAAGUCUAUGACAUUAUCAUAUUUACAGAAAAUCCUUGGCCUGGAUUCCUUAGAAGAAAUUUUGGACAUCAAGCUUGUCGACUCCAAGUUCAUCAUCCAUAAUGUGUACAGUGUUAGCAAACAGGGAGUUGUUAUCCUUGAUGACAAAUCCAAGGAACUUCCUCAUUGGGUGCUGUCAGCUAUGAAGUGUUUGGCAAAUUGGCCCAACUGUUCUGAUUCGAAACAGCCUAUGUACUUGGGAUUUGAAAAAGAUGUCUUUAAAACUAUAGCAGAUUACUAUGGUCAUUUGAAAGAGCCUCUACUUACAUUUCAUCUUUUUGAUGCUUUUGUCAGUGUUUUAGGCUUGUUACAGAAAGAGAAAAUGGCAAUUGAAGCAUUUCAGAUUUGCUGCCUCCUCCUGCCUCCUGAAAACAGGAGAAAGUUACAGCUGUUGAUGAGGAUGAUGGCAAGAAUCUGCUUGAACAAAGAGAUGCCACCACUGUGCGAUGGCUUCGGCACCCGAACACUGAUGGUUCAGACAUUUUCCCGUUGCAUCUUGUGUUCCAAAGAUGAAGUGGACUUGGAUGAGUUAUUGGCUGCUCGCUUGGUGACAUUUCUGAUGGACAAUUACCAGGAGAUUCUGAAAGUCCCUUUGGCCCUGCAGACCUCUAUAGAGGAGCGUGUAGCUCAUCUACGAAGAGUUCAGAUCAAAUACCCAGGAGCUGACAUGGAUAUCACUCUAUCUGCUCCAUCGUUUUGUCGUCAAAUUAGUCCCGAGGAAUUUGAGUACCAAAGAGCAUUUGGCUCCCAGGAACCCCUGGCAGCCUUGCUGGAGGAAGUUAUAACAGAUGCCAAACUCUCCAGCAAAGAGAAGAAGAAGAAAUUGAAGCAGUUUCAGAAAUCCUAUCCUGAAGUUUACCAAGAACGAUUUCCUACACCAGAAAGUGAAGCACUUCUGUUUCCUGAAAAACCCAAACCGAAACCGCAGUUGCUGAUGUGGGCACUGAAAAAGCCUUUCCAACCAUUUCAAAGAACUAGAAGUUUUCGAAUGUAACACUUCUAUAGCAACAGUGGUUAGAGACCGCCAUUGUUUUUAGUGACUGGGUAGUCAGAAGGACAAUGGUGGCAGAAGGGGAAAAAAAAAAGCAUAAAACACAGACUACUGAAAUAUAAAGAUUAUCUGAGUUUUUAAAAAAUGUUGAGCCAUUAUCAGUAUUCUUAUAAAAUGAUGCUAUUUUUAUAGUGUACAAAUCAAUUAAAAAUUGAGUCAAAUACCUAGUAGUAAUAUCAACAUGUUUAUAGUUGUUACAGAAUUUGAAGGUGAGGUAUUUUUAUGAUUUUUUUGUCAUUUUUGUGGUGUUUAUAAAAUAAUUGUGUAUACAUUUUAGUUACUGAUGUCUUUGCUAUAACCGAGUCUUAAAGAUAAUGUAUAUACUUGAAUGAGAAAGAUACUACUGUUACUGUGACGCUAUUGACUUAAUAGCCAAUUGUCAUUUUUCCUGUGUACAUUCCAUUUUUCAUUGUUGCACAAUAAUUCUGAAUGUCAUUUAUUGUGAUAGCUGUGUUUUAUCACUGUUUUAUUGGAUGCUGUGACAGAUUUAAUUAAGGCUGGUUCUUUUAAUAAUAUAUACACGGGGUCUUCAAAAAG